AUGAAUAGCGGCGGGGGUCACACCAGCCCCGAGCCCACCCGAGGGAUGGAGUCCCACAAGAGGAAGGACUGUCCCUCAGACAUGCUCGGACCAAGCCCUAAGAGGAGCACGGAGCGGCCAAAUCGCGAGCAGGAAAACAAAUACAUCUCAGAGCUGGCCGAGCUCAUCUUCGCCAACAUCAACGACAUGGAUGACCUUAACGUUAAGCCCGACAAGUGCGUCAUCCUCAAGGAGACGGUCAAGCAGAUCCGGCACAUCAAAGAGCACGAAAAAGCUCCAGUGACCGACGCGGACGAAGUGCAGAAGGCCGACAUCUCGUCCACCGGGCACGGCGUCAUCGACAAGGACACUCUGGGGCCCAUGAUGCUGGAGGCUCUGGAUGGCUUCUUCUUCGUGGUGAACAUGGAAGGCAACGUGGUGUUCGUGUCGGAGAACGUCAGCCACUAUUUGUGCUACCAGCAGGAGGAGCUGAUCAACACCAGCAUCUACAGCGUCCUGCACGUGGGCGACCACAACGAGUUCGUCAAAAACCUGCUGCCAAAAAGCCUUGUCAACCACUGCGGCGGCGACCCGUCGAGCAGGAACAGUCACGCGUUCACCUGCCGCAUGUUGGUCAAGCCGGCGCCGGUGGACGGCGAAGGCUCGUGCCAGGGGGUUGAUCAACAGGAAGCCACGCAGCAGAAGUACGAAACCAUGCAGUGCUUCGCCGUCUCCCAACCAAAGUCCAUGAGGGAGGAGGGGGAAGAUCUGCAGUCGUGCCUCAUCUGCGUGGCCAGAAGAGUCCCGGUGAAGGAGCGAGCGUCCGCGCCGUCGUACGAGAGCUUCACCACGCGACAGGACCUCCAAGGUAAGAUCACCUUGCUGGACACCAGCUUGCUCCGGGCCUCCAUGAAGCCCGGCUGGGAGGAUCUGGUUCGCCGCUGCAUUCAGCGCUUCCACCUGCAGAACGACGGCGACGUCUCCUUCGCCAAACGACACCAGCAAGACGUGUUGAGGAACGGGCACGCGCUCAGCCCCCUGUACCGCUUCUCGCUGUCCGACGGCACGGUGGUUUCGGCGCACACCAAAAGCAAGCUGGUCCGUUCGCCCGCCACCGACGAGCCACAGCUCUACCUGUCCUUGCACAUAUUGCAGAGGGAGACUAUGGGUGCCGCGCCACCGGACGUUCCUGUCAGCAGCUCCCCAGAUGCCGCCAUCACCGGCAACCACUUGCCCGUGUGUUCACCGCAGGCCAACGGCUUCAAACCAGGCAGUCCCUUAGCCCAGGGAAGCCCCAAUGUCACCUCGGGGGUCCAGGGCACUUAUUUGUCCCCUUGCCAUCAGCACAGUCCCAAUAUGGUGGCGAGUAGCAGCAACGGUAGCCCCCGCGCGGCCCAUCUGCCCGCUACUUUCUCACCGGUCAACGGCCUCCGUUCCCCGGCGUCUAUCAGUAGUAGCUCCAACAACCUCGGCUUUGACACACUGGGAGCCCUUCAAGCACUCAGUCAGAGCCACGGGGCUUCCGAGUCCCCCGAUGGUAACGUCGCCCAAGAGACGGAGUGCCUAGGCCCGGAAGCCGAUUUACCGGGAAGGUUCAGGGAGGACUCGUCCCGACCCGAGGACGAGGACCCGGAUAGCUCGGACGAGCCGGAUCGGCGUUUGAGCGGCAAAGGCCACACGCAGCUUCUGCAGCUCCUCACUACCAAGCCAGAACCUGCUGACCCCUGCUCGUCUCUCGGGGCGCUAGCGGACGAGCAGUUGGCAGGGGUGGGCGCCUGUCUCGGGGCGCCGCAUGCCAACCACUCGGCCUCGCUGAAGGAGAAACAUAAAAUCUUGCACAGGCUGCUCCAGAACAGUAGCUCGCCAGUGGAAAUGGCCAAGCUCACAGCCCAGGCCACAGGGAAAGAGCCCGCCGGGGCCGAGUCGGCGAGCGGCGGCGAUGAGGGCUCGGCUGAGUCGGGCGUGAAGCAGGAGCCCGAAAGCCCGAAGAAGAAAGACAACGUGCUGCUGCGCUACCUGCUGGACCGUGACGACAACUUGGUCCUGGACAAAGCCAUUAAGAUGGAGGGCGGAGACAUCAUCAAGAUGGAGAAACAAGACCCCGUUUUCAAUCUGGCCGAGCAGGUCAACGAGCUAGAAGACCUACUGGACAACAGCCGUCUUCAUCAUCAUGAGUUGUUCCCCCGAGGAGUUCCGGCUUCUUCGUCCUCGUCUUCGACUGCUCCCACCGGGAUCAUGGCCGACAUACUGAACAUGAUGGACGGAGUCCACGGGGAACACGCGAGCCCGACCCCACAGCAUCGGACCUUCACAGCGGUCGGGUCUCCAGCUCCAGUAGGCAGCACAAGACCCGCCCUAGCGGCCCGAGGAGCCCCGCCCGUCAGGAGCCUAUCGCUGGACGGCAUGGGCACCAGGCCCCUCCCGCCGCAGCACAGGAGCAGCAACGUCGUCAACAACAGCCCGUAUUCGUUACUACAGCAGCAGCAAAGCAUUUUGUCCGGCGGCCCAACGCAGCACGGCUGGGGACCCACUGGGGUCCCAUGCGCAAGUCAGGGGCCUCGUGCGGCUCAGAUGGUCCCAGACGUCAAUGGGGCCGUCCCCGCCAGGGGGGCGCCGCCCACCCGUUCCGUCGUCGGCAUGCACAUGAUGGCUGCCGGAGAGAUGGAGUUAACAAACUCGGGCUACCAGCAGCACGCGCCGCCCAAUCAGACGGCCCCGUGGCCCGACAGGAUGAUGCUGGAGCACUACAUGAGUCAAAACAGAUCACCGUACGGGGAGGAUGGGAUCGGGUGUUGCGGGGGAGCAGCGCCCGAGGGCCCGGCGGACGAGGGGGCGCUCCUCAACCAGCUGUGCUCCGUGCUCAAGGACUACGAGGGCCUGGAGGAACUGGACAAGAUGCUCGGGAUCCCCAGCAUGGCCGGACAGGGUCCCGCGUCGGAGCCAGACCAGCUUUUCGCCCCAUCGGACCCGAUGGCGGCCAUCAAGCCCCCCGUGUACGCUCAGCACUACGGCUACGGCGGACCCCCGCCUCCAGACGCCUCCUUCCUCUGCUCGUCGGUGGGCGGAGGCCACAUAGGGCAGCAGAGGUUGGGCGGCUACCCGCCCGUCAUGAGAAUGCCCGGCGUGCAGGGGCACCGGGCGGGCAGCGUUCGGUCCGUCGGGGCAGGUGCACCGCUACCGCCGCAACCCAACAACCUCCGGAUGCAGCUGCAGCACCGAUUGCAGCUUCAGAACCGUCAGCCAAUCAUGAACCAGAUGACUGGGGUGUCCGGUAUCAAUCUACCUCUGAGGUCCAACCUUCCCAACCAGGGUUCGUUCAACACGCAGAUGUUAGCGCAGCGUCACCGCGAGUACCUCAGCAACCACCUGCGGCAACGUCAACAACAGCAACAACAACACGGCGCCAUGAUGCCUGUCAACAUGCCCGCCAACAUGGCUGCCGCGGGGGGCGGGUCCAACCCGCGUCUGGCUCAAAGCGCCGCCGCUCAACACUACGGCUAUGCCGCGCAAGGCUACGGAGGCCUCAGCCAUCCUCCUCCUCAUCCUCAUUUGGACUCGGCGUCCAUGUUGUCACCCGGUAUGCAAAUGCAGGGAGGGGCGGCGCCCGCCUACUCUGACGUCCCAGACAUCAACUCGUGGAUGCAACCUGCCAACAACGUGUUCCAACCCCAGCAGGCGCCGUUCGCUGGCAACGUCAACGUCUACAACAACAUGAACAACAGAGGCGCAAACAUCAACAUGGCCACACACGUCAGCAACAUCAUGCAUCAGGAACAGGUGGGUGACGGCAAUCUGAUCCUAGAUCAGCUGGCGGGAAUGGACAUGAUACCGCAAGAUGGCGACGUCAACUCUGGCUCUCAUUGA